AUGGAAGAAAGGGAAACAGAGAGUCCUCUUUUCACCUUUGGUUUGAUUGCCGAUAUGCAAUAUUGCAAUCCAUUGUUGUACGGCAGAAAGGAAAUCAGAGGGAAUCCGUCUCAUCCAAGAAGUCGGCAUUAUCUCAAAACUCCAGAUCGUUUGAAAGAAGCCAUCCAAACUUUUGAGCAACAUGGUGCUGCCUUUGCGAUUAGUUUGGGAGAUUUGAUUGAUACAGGAUUCGAGAGCUAUGAUCUGCCACUCCAGAUUAUGGAAGAGGAGUCCUCCUCCUCCUCCGCGUUCCCGUGGUAUCAUGUGUUGGGAAAUCAUGAAUUCUCGGUUCUGGGACCAGAAAAGGCUCAAGUCAGAGAUAGACUGGGAAUGCCCGCCAACUACUAUCAUUUUGACUAUGGCAACUACUGUCGAUUCAUUGUUCUGAAUGCCAACGAGUACAGCACUUUUGCUCAUUGCAAGGGAAGCAAGCUGUACAAGGAAUCGCGCAGCAUGAAGAAAUACUUCCAAGAACAACAUGACAAAAGAGACAAGGAUGAUCUAGGGUGCGCCCCAAGCAGCCUGUCGGGGGCCUUGGGCAAUGUCCAACUUGCCUUUUUGCGCCAAUCGUUACACGAUGCAACGAAAGCAGCCAAAAGGGUCAUUAUCUGUUCGCACCAGCCUGCCGAUGAGAUUUGGGAUUAUCAUGCCCUGCUGGAGACAAUCCGGCCAUUUCGUCAGAGUAUUGUAUUGUUUUUGAGUGGUCAUUUGCACUUUGGCGAUGAAGGUAUCUUGGAGGAGGAAGGAAUGGACACGAUGAUUCCGUGUAUCAGCCUCAAGGCCAUGAUCGAAUCACCCGAAAAUGCUUAUACGUUGGCUCGUUUCUAUCACAAACGAUUGGAACUGAUAGGCUAUGGAAGACAAUAUUUCAGGGGAAAGAAGAAGAAAACUCUUGCUCAGGUCAUUUCAAUGAAGAAACUGGACAUGGUUGGUGGAAUAGCACAGAACUUGGGAACGAAAAAAGCCCUCACAAUCCAUUUCAAUUGA